GAGGCGAUCGAUAAAAAUUGAAUGUUUGAUAUCAGAAGUUUAUUCUUUCGGAGGAUUUUCUUUGAAGAUUUGGAUAUAGAGUUUAUUGAGGUGGUUGGAAUUUAUUUAAUGAUUUGAAGGAGGUUACCGUACAGAGAAUAGUGUAUUUUUACACUAUUUUAAGGUUACAGAGAACAGAGCUAAAAAUGGAUGAAGUAGAUUCAACGAUGCGAAGGCGACAGCCGAAAGUUAGAAAUGUUUAUGAUAAUGAACUAAAUGCUAAACUAGCACAGAGACGAAAAGAUGGUCUUACAACAGAUAUGACAACAUCAGAUGAUUCAGAUGAUGAUAAUGUGGGAAGCUUAGAUUUCAACAGUUCACUUAGAAAUAGAAAUCGUCCGAAUUCAGCAAAACGUAGACAAGACCCAAGAGCAGAAUGGCAACCCGAUUUAGGAGCUACAUUGAAGUUUCAAGAUCGUGACAAUUUGAUGAAUACCCUGGGUAGAGACGAUUCUAGAACAAACAGAUUUUAUAAAAACUCGAACUUGAAUAUAAAAAAUAAGGAAUCGCCUCGAGAUGAUCGAAAAACUCCCACAAGCUUUACAGCAGAUGACAUCCUUAAUGGUCGAAACACACCAACCAAAAAUGAUGAAAGAAAAAGUCCAUUUCUCAGUCGUAAAAGCCCCCUUUCUAAUCUGAACGAGAAUGAUAGUGAAUGGCAGCCAAUAUCUUACCAGAAAAAAAAUCUAUCUAAUGACUUUCUAUCUCGUGAUAUAUCAGGUAGAUCACCGGAAUCAUCAUUAGAUCCAUUAGUAGAGAGUAGUGGUACUCUUGAUUCUGCUCGUAGAAGAAAACAAUUAGAAAGGUCACCAAGACUAGAACCAUUAGAUAGUCCAACAAAUAAACCUUCUCCACGGCCAAGAAAAGGUGAAAAAGUAGAAGAACCAAAGAAGAAAAGACCACCAAAUAUGGAUCUUUUUGGCAGUCGUCGUAGUUUUUUUGAUGAAGAAGAUGAAGCAGAGAUAAAUGAUCCAUCACCAAGAGCUAAGCGAAGACUUUCGAAAGAUAAAGAACUGAACAAAACAACUGCUUCUGGUCGCAAGACUCCAGUUGAAGGGCGAAAAACACCCACUGAUGGUCGAAAAACACCCACUGAUGGUCGAAAAACACCAGUAGGUGUAAAUGGUAGGAGAACACCCGUAGGUGUAGAUGGACGAAAAACACCAGUCGGUGGACGAAAAACACCAACAGAUAAGAGAAAUGGUUUAACAGACGAGCGAAGAAGUAUAGGACGUAAGACACCAACAGACGAGGACAGAAAAACUCCUGUGGAAAGAAACAAAUCGUUGAUGGAUAUGCUUGUAGGGGAUCAGGUCGAUCAUCCUACACCUAGAGAAAGAAAAUCUAGUCUCCGUAAAGAAAGAUCUCAUGAUUCUAAUUUCGACGAACUCAAUGAAUAUGAUUCCCGGAAUAGAUCGUCGUUAGACAGACAACCAUCCGUAGAAAGACGACGUUCUAAACGUCAAGUAGAUGCUGAUCAGAGUUCAGUAUGUGAAGAAUAUGAAGUUGAUCCUAAUCCUCCUUUUAUUACUAAUUCUUCUGUAGAACCUAAACCUAGAAAAUAUAAAAAUCAAACAGAAGAACAUAAGAAUUCUGAUAUGGCUAUUGAUGUUAUAGCAGAUGCACAAAAUGGUAUGACAUAUAUUGAUCCUGAUAAACAAACAGAAACAGAAAAGACUCAAACCAAGCAGACUACCACCCAAAAGAUUAAACCCAAACCUCGCUAUAAAACACAGGAAUUUGAACCUAUUAAGUUUGAUCCAAAUGACACGAAAUCCAUGAGACAAGCUAUAUUUGAAGAAUGGUAUAGAACAAAAACAGAAAAAUUAAAAGAAACAAUUAUAGAAAAAAAGAAAACCGAAAAACAAAAAAUUGAACACGAGCAGCAAGAAAAGAAAGAAAAGCAACUUGAAGCAAUGUCUUCAUUUAAUGCCUGGGCUGAAAAGAAAAAAGAUGUCUUAAAACAGAAAGCCAGAGAAAAAUCAAAAGAACAAAGAAAAAAAGAUGAAGAAUUACAAGAAAAAGAAGCUAAGAAAAAAGAUGCAGCCAAGAGUUUUGAAUCUUGGAGUAAAACAAAACAAGUGGUAUUAAAAAAAGAAAUUAAUAACAAGGUGAGAACAGAAAAGGAAAGGGAAGAAGAAGAAAAGGCAAAAAAGAAAAUGAGAGCUAAGUCUGCAGAAUCAGCUUUUCGGUCAUGGAAUCAAAAAAAGGAGGUAUCUUUAAAGGUAAAAGCAAAAGAUAUGAAAAAGACAAAGCCUGAUCUCUAUGAAGAAGAAAAGUUACGAGCUCAGAAAGAAGAAGAAGCAAGAGAAAAAUAUGAAAUAUGGCUAGAAAAUAAAGAAAAGAGAGAAGAAAAAGAGAGAUUGAUGCGUCAGCGGAAACAUAUUACAGAUGACUCUGAAUUCCGUCCUCCAUGGAGUCCAGCACAGCGUACUAUACCAUUUGGUCGAUAGAUAAUGAUAUAACAAUAUUGAUAUAGAUAGUAUUUAAUGUAAUUGUAAAAAGUGCUGAUAUCAGGCAAUUAUAUACAUCAUCUUACCAAAUUAUAGAGGUUUUUACAAAAUUUUCAAAACUUGAGCCAGAAGGAGUAAAUCUUGCACAUCAACCUCAUCUGGGAAGUAAAUGAUCUCCCCACUUACCUGAUCAAUGAUUCUGUGAUAGAUGUAGUUUGUAUAAUUAGUGAAAAUCUGUGUAAAACUACUUCUUUUCAUACAGCCAUAGAUAAGUAGGAUUGUUGUCAUACCCUCUCCGUCCACAAUUCUUGUAAACACGCUAUAGGAAAGAGAUUUUGUGGGGGGGGGGGGGGGGGGGUCCAAGCUGGCUGGGAUUGUAUGGUUAAUCCUAAGCAGCAACCCUACUGAAAUUUAGAUUUGUGAUGCAACUUUGUAGAAUGUAGAUGUAACAUUUUUUUUAAAACUUCUCCUGGUGGAGUAUCUUUGUUGCCCAGCAACACUAUGUUAUUGAAUUUUGUCCCCUAAAAAUCGUUAGAAGAAUUAUUUCUGACCAUUGAAUCAACGGCAGGCAUUUAUUAAUUCUUUUGUUAUAUUUUGUACUUUUGUGAUAUGUUAAUUGUAGUUUGUCUCAUAAUAACAUCCAAUCAUUAAGAUCAUUAACAGACCGGUAUGGAAAGUUCCACUGUAAGUAUUGCUGGAAAUAAUUUCUAAAAAUGAAAAUAUUUUAAUAUUUGUUUUAUACAUUCCACAUUUUAUCACAAUGUGAUUAAAAUACAGAUCUACAUUUCGUUUUUUUUUUAUACAUUUGAUGGCCUUUAAUAUAUGAAAAUCUGACCGGUUGUAGUUGGAGGUCAAGCCAGGGGUCAUAUGAGCUGCUUUUGACCCUAUGAUGUCCGUCAUUCAAUCAACCAACCAAUCAGAGUCAGUGCUUCAAGUGGAUAUUCGGAAAUACAAAGUUUGCUUUGAUUUGUUUUCUAUUGCUGAGAACUUGGGUUAUUUAACAGCUUUUUCAGAUCAUUAGUGUAGUGCAGACAAGUAAACCAAAAUUUUGUACUAUAAAAAAUUAAAAGAAAUAGGAUCUGUGUUUUGAUCAGAUUAAUUUUAUCAUAAUUUUAGAUAUAUUUUAUUCUUAUGUACUUCUCUUGCAUCUGUUUAUUCUAAAUAUACUUGUUAGAGAGGAAUACUGUUUAUUUAUAAGUACUGUAUUUGUAAUUUAGACACAGUAUUAGAUAUUUUCAUUUGCAUCUGUCAUUCUUUUGAAAGUUGGAAAUUGGUAGACUAAAACAUGUCGCUGAUGGUCCAAGCUUCAUUUAUUAUUUUUACCACAUGCUAUAUAAAAACAGAAUCACAUUGCACAUUUCCAGACCUUGAAUUUAUAUAUCAAUUUGUGUUAUUGUAUUCAGCUAACACUUAUUUAUAACAUUUAGUUGCAUGUUGACUUUGUAUGAUAAUAUUACCAGUAUACAGUUUUAGAUCUGUUAAUCUGUCCAUUUUAUUGGUUGUGUAUAUACAAUGCAUUUCUGACAUUAUUUUAAAAGUUUCUUCAAGCAAAACACCCAUUUGUUAGUCUUGACUAGAGAUUAAGCUUCACUUUUGUCCUUUAUGGAUUAAUUAGUGGACACAAUAUCAACUUAAAAUAGUAAAUUUUUAAUUUCUUGAUUCAUAAAUAUUUGUUUACACUUAUUAAAUUCCAUCCAUUAAUUUUCAUAAUUUCUACAUUUGUGAAAAUUUGAUAUUAUUUAUGUUAUGUUAAUUUAGAAAUGGUGAUAUUUAUUAAGAUAAUAUUAAAAUCAGAUGUUGUUUUCA